GGGCCCGGGUGCUGCCGGGUUCGGGAUCCGCUGCCGCUCCGGGUGCGGCGGCCGCCGGCAGCGCGGGAGGGAUGUGUGGGAAGCAGGAAUGGCCCAGUGAACAUUUUGUUCCCUCUUCCUCGGCGUCCAAAGGCUGGACAUUCUGAAGUUAGGCUGAUGCUUAACCACAUUGGGAGUACUGGGACAACUUUCAGACAAUCUUCCCGCGGAUAUAAGAAAAGGUAAAUGGCAGGACAGAAAGCAGUGUGAAAACUUUGAAAGACACUGAGAAGUCCAAUAUUGGUGUGAUGACCCUCCAGAUAUCAGUGCCUGGUGUAUGCAGGACUUUGUUUCUUGGUGAAGAAUGCAGACUAUAAAGUGCGUAGUUGUCGGAGAUGGUGCUGUGGGAAAAACUUGUCUUCUCAUCAGCUAUACCACAAAUGCAUUCCCAGAGGAAUAUAUCCCGACUGUCUUUGACAACUACAGUGCCCAAAUGACUGUUGAUGGCCGGACAGUCAGCCUGAAUCUCUGGGACACAGCAGGCCAGGAGGAAUAUGACCGCCUGCGCACGCUUUCCUAUCCUCAGACCAAUGUUUUUGUCAUCUGUUUCUCCAUUGGGAGCCCCUCUUCCUAUGCAAAUGUGAGGCACAAAUGGCACCCUGAAGUUUCUCACCACUGUCCAAAUGUUCCCAUUCUUUUAGUGGGCACGAAGAGAGACUUGAGAAAUGACCUGGAAACAGUUAAAAAGUUAAAAGAGCAAAGCUUGGCUCCCACUACCCCACAGCAGGGAACUUCGCUGGCUAAACAAAUUGGAGCAGUCAAAUACUUGGAGUGCUCAGCAUUGAAUCAGGAGGGUGUUCGUGAGGUGUUUGCUGAAGCUGUGCGUGCAGUUCUGUAUCCUGUGACCAAGAAGAACACAAGAAAAUGUAUCUUAUUAUAGUUACCUUGGGUGAUGGAUGUUUGAAGUUGAAUGUCGACUUGGAUCUUGUAGGGCUUUUGAUGAGUUAAAUUUAAGAUUUGCAUCUUGCACUAACAGCUCUAAGCAGAAAUGUUUUAUGCAAUGAAUAUUCUUGUAGUCUUACUGCUUCAGGGAAACUGAAACAACAGUUUUGUUUUGUUUUGUUUUUUUCCAGCUGAGAGGUCAAAUAUUUACUUUAUUUCUAAAGUUCCAGUCUUCAGCUUCUCCAGGGAUCACUUGGCUUCUGUACUUAUUUAGUGGAGGGAAAUAAAAGAAGGAACUUCUCUGAAGCCAAACUUCUUUUUUAGAUAGCCAUCAGUUACUAGAUAGUCAUCAGUUAGUACAUCUGUUAAAAAUCACAAAUCCAGGUAACUUUAGGUGUAGCUGCUGCUUUUCCCAUCUCUUAUUUACUAAUGGAAUUUGUUUUACAGACAGAAGUCUGGCUAUGCAGUUGUUUCAAUUUGUCAAUGUAAAGCUUGAAACCAAUUUGUUUACAUGCAAAAAUGCCUGCAAUAUUAGUGAGAUUCACCUUAUUUAUAUGAAGAUUUAGCAAAAGAGCAAGAUGAGCAAGACCUUGGGAACACCUGCAAAGGUUUUAUUAAUAGAAGCAGAAGAUGCUUUAUGCUACUGUAGGGGACUUGGGAUAAUGGUGAAUCACUCCUUUGAGUGAUUUUCAUACUGUUGAAUUUUGGGAGGUUGAAGAGUAGUUUAUAUGCAAGUCUUCUAUAAACAGAUUUUAUUUCACUUUCGGAAGAUACUUUGCACCCUGAGAAUAAACUUAACCAUUACUUUCUUGGACCAACUGAGGCUGUUGGGAUGACACUUGCCAAAACAAGAUUUUUAGUGUGAUCCCUUCAGUGAAUCCUGGAGACUUGAUAGCAGCCCGUUUGCUCUUGAGAAAUUAAUCGGUUUACUUCUUAGUGUUCUUGGGGCCACCACCUAGGAUUUUUAUAGCAUUUUUAUGGAUUUUUCCUUUAUUGUUUUUUCUGGGGGAACACUGACAGAGAAUUUGGAAGUUCUGUUUACAGGAACCAGAAACCCUCAUUUCCUUCUGGCAACUCACUGAUGGUUUCAGUUAAAUUUAUAGUCGUUAGCCACUCACUGGCUGGAAUUACCUAGGAAGUUUUCUCCUCUCUACUCUGUGAACAGUUAUUAUAAACUCUUUUAACUGAAGUUUUAUUUGUGUACUUUUAAAAUUUGCUUAGCAGCUCUAGUGAGUGGCAUCUGGAUUUUAUUUUAGGAUGUGCACUGUUCUUUAUGUGUGAUUUUCAGGCCCAGCUGAGAAAUGAUCAUAAAACCUUUUGUAGACUUGAAUUUAGAACUUGAUGGUAUAAAAGUGGCAUGCUUCAGAGAUACUUGAGUGAAACCAGUGGUGCUGGACUGGGCUUUGUUGUCUGAAGUUGACAGUGCUGUCUUUGUCUAAAUGCAGCUUUAACUGAUGAUUCAGAACUUGCUUUCCUGUGAUUCCCACACAUAGAAAACUUGUGCUGGUAUCUACCUUGGACAGAAAAAAAAAAACCAACCCAAAAAGCAUUUUAGUGAGAUAACAGAAAAUAUAUCAACAGGGUUAUUAGUGAUCUUCCUUUAUCUGAGGUAGACAAAAAAUGCUAGGUGAAUAGAAAUAUUUGUAUUUGUGCUCUAAUUCCCCUCUUAGAAGAGGAUGUGCCUUUCCUCAGCUGGUGUAACUAUGCUGACACUAACAGCGAUUUUUGUAUAUGUGAGGUGUGUUUUUACUGGUACUGCUUUAGCAAACUGCAACCUAUAGGUUAACUGCAGUAAAUCCAAAUACUGGUAUAUAUGGCUAGUGGACCAACACUGAGUUCUCAGUAUUGCCUGAUCAUAGGCAACACCAAAACACCCAUUAUGCAUCAUGUCUAGAAGAUGAAGCCUAGAGACUGCAUAUUUUUCUUCACCAAGUGCCACAAUCUGGAGUGUCUGUGUCUUUUGCACUCAUAAAAGUGCUGUUCCACAUGUGGCUCCUACCACAGUGCCCUGCAGUCUGUGAGAGUGUAUUUCAGUGAGGUAACCUCAGCUCACCACAUUUUGCCUUUACUUCAGUAGUAGGCCUUUAUCUUGGGCUUGAUUUGCAAGCAGCAAUUAACUCUGUGCCUUAUAAUCCAAGAUUAUUUUCGGUAGGUAAAUUUCAGCGACUGAGUAAAUAGAAUUUAUCAUGUUUAAAAUGUAUUUAUUUAAGCCAGUGCUCGUGCGUUUUAAUACUGGUUGGGCCUAAUUUGUCUAGUUGCCUUGGUGCAAGCCCUUUGCUACAUUCUGAGAUGUACUUUGAAAAAGCUUGUGGUAUGUUUGAACUGCACUUAAAUAGACUUAAUUUCAACAGACUUUUUUUUUUUUUCUUGCAAAUGUUUGCAAUUUCAUACUGAACCUACUACUGUUUUAAAAAGUUUUUUUUUACAUACUGAAGCCUUUUAGUUCUGCAUCUUUUGUGGUUAUUCCCAACUGGAUUACAGUAAAUUCGUGGAAAAGAAAUCCUGUGAGCAAGUAUUAUUGCAUGUACCUCCCCUGGUUUUGUAGGCUCUCAGAGCAGCCAUCCUGGUGUUAACUGGAAGAGAGAACGGUGAGAUAAAAUUCAGCUACUUAACCAAUUUUUUUGAAUUUAUUAUGUUAUUAUUUGCAUUAUGCUAGAACACCAAUAAAGUGUUCUAAUUUACUUAAUAGUUGGAUUGCACAACAGUACUGAGGAGAACAGCACAAUAGUGAUGAAAAUGAACAUGAAAGUGAACUUUGAAAACUGUAACAAAACUACUUACAGACUUUGGAGUACCUCAUUAAUAGUUAUUUUUGUGCCUUGUGCUUCUGUUGCUUUCUGCCAGGAGCAAAAAUCCUGAAGGCUUGCAACUGGUUUCCUCCAGCCUCUGCUUGUCACUAGAAUGAGCUUCAGGAGUCCAUGGAUCCAACUAGUUUUUCCAUUCAGUGGGCAUUUUCAGUAUGUGAUUUCCCUACUUUUUUUUUCCCUCUGUAGUUGGUGCAUUUUAUUGUAAGUAGUUUUGUGCAUCAGCCUACAAUCUAUUUCCUUCUUACAUUUUUUUUUUCUGGGGGCAGGUAACAAAGAGAGACUUCACACAAUCCCACAGCUGUACUUUGUUUGCUUUUGGGAGUUCAGAAAACCUGGGUAUGGAUUUCCCAAACUGUUAAGUUUCCUUGGUUUGUCACUGAAUAGAAAUGCAGCGUAUAUUUCUUGAUUCACAGAAGAGACUUUCUAUGAAGAGACCAAUUUUAAUCUUUCAGUUUGUGAAUGAUCUCUGGAAUAGUGUUUUUCAAAUACAGUUGAAGCCACCCACAGAGAGCUGGGCAGUCCAGGAAUUCUGUGUCCAAAGGAUCUCGAGGUGCGCUUAGAUGCAUAAGCGCUUUCUCCCGUUUACAGUUAUUUCUAUGAAAUUUAAAUUAGAAGAGCCUCACUGUGCUUUGUCUCUUGAGUAUUUAACGUUUUCUCUGUAGAAAUCUCAGUGCUGCUUGGGCUGGUGCCAAGAAGCAAAUCUCACUGGGGCACUGACCUCCUGCCUGGGCUGCGGGGAGGGCCCAUCAGCAGUGGGAGCCCAAGACUCUUCAAGUGUGGUACUGAUACAUACACUGGCAACUUAAUUUUAUACCAUAAAAUGAUCGGUCUUCUGUCUUACUGCUAACGUUUCUGAAGAGGUUUUUUUUUUAAUUAUGCAGAAUUGUUAUAAUAAACUUUUCCUCAUCUCG